AUGUGUAAUUUGGGACCCCCAGCUCCCCUCCCCCAAGGUUCCUGGAAAACCAGCUCCGUGUUCAGGUCUCCGGGCCCCGGGCUGGCUUGGGGCACAUGGCGCAUCCCCUUCCUGAGCAUGGGGCCCAGGGAGACCACGGUGUCCGCCUCUCGCAGCGAGUCAGGGGUUAGUGCUCAUGUCCAGAAAAAUGAUGUACCUGCCUUUAUCCUUGCUCUGAGCUCGCCUUCUGUGUUCCCCGUUCAGAAUGUUUUGCCUCCUGCUUUGCUGCAGGGCAGCCCCUGGGGGUUUCAGGGUCUCCGCUUCUGUUCUUGGUAUGAAUGA